CUUUUUCUACUCCAAAUCAGAAUCCUCCCUCCCCCAUCUCUCUCCUCUUUGGAGUCGUUGGAGCGCUCUCCAUUUCUAGGGUUUCCCCGAUCACGCGCUCUCUCUUUCUCUCCGAUCGACCUCUCUCGAAAUCUCUAGGGUUUCCGAACCCAUGGCGUCGCGGCGGAGAACGCUCCUCAAGGUCAUCAUCCUCGGAGACAGCGGGGUUGGGAAAACGUCUUUGAUGAAUCAGUAUGUGAGUCGAAAGUUUAGUAACCAGUACAAAGCGACGAUCGGAGCCGAUUUCCUAACCAAAGAGGUCCAAAUUGAGGAUAGGCUCUUCACAUUGCAAAUAUGGGAUACAGCAGGGCAGGAAAGAUUCCAGAGCCUUGGCGUGGCAUUCUACCGUGGUGCGGAUUGUUGUGUUCUUGUGUAUGACGUCAAUGUCAUGAAAUCAUUCGAUAACCUGAAUAAUUGGCGGGAAGAAUUUCUAAUUCAGGCUAGCCCAUCCAACCCUGAAAACUUCCCUUUUGUGGUGUUGGGAAAUAAGAUUGAUAUUGAUGGUGGCAACAGCCGUGUGGUUUCUGAGAAGAAGGCUAAGGCAUGGUGUGCUUCGAAGGGUAACAUUCCCUACUUUGAGACAUCUGCGAAGGAGGGAAUCAAUGUUGAAGCUGCUUUUCAGUACAUAGCCCAAAAUGCUCUUAAGAACGAACCAGAGGAGGAAAUUUACCUACCCGACACCAUUGAUCUGGCAGGUGGCGGUCAGCAGCAAAGGUCAUCAGGGUGCGAAUGCUAGGUCAGCAAGGAAUAUAGCUUCACCUUUGCCCGCAAUUUGUGGCUCAGUCCAAGUAAUUAUGGGAAAGCAUUUUUUUUUUUACUCGCAUCCUGCUUUCUCCUGUGAUGUGUUGAUUGUUAAAGUGGAUUUCAUUCCAUUCGUUUUGCUCUGUGUUCGUCUGUACUGGAAAUGAUUUAUGCAUUCUUGAAUUGUUGACUUGAAUUCUCGUGCACUUGUUUUCUCUUUCCA